CUCAAUAAGGCCAUCACGACGCGCCAAAUCAUCUUCAUGGCCCUCGGCGGCUCCAUCGGCGCCGGCCUCAUGUUCGCCUCCGGCAACGGCCUCCGCGAAGGCGGCCCCGGCACUCUCAUCACGGGGUUUUCCAUUGUAGGCUUCGGCGUCUGGUGCACCAUGUGUGCCCUGGGCGAGCUUUCGGCUACCUUUCCCGUGCAGGGUUCCUUCUACGAUUACUCGGUUCGCUUCAUCUCGCCUUCGUGGGGUUUCGCUAUGGGGUGGAACUACGUCAUGAAUUUUAUCUUGAUUGUACCCUUUGAGAUCACGGUUAUGGUCCUCGUGGCCAAGUAUUGGAAGACGGAUAUCAAUUCCCUAUGGCUUGUGCCGGUGAUCAUUACUGGGCUUUUUGGGAUUGCGGCUUUGGGGGCGAAGUGGUAUGCUGAAGCCGAACAUGCAUUUGGUAUUCUGAAGGUAGCCAUUUUGGCGACAUUCACAAUUACGGCGGUGGUCAUUUGCGCUGGCGGAGUGCCGAACGAUCCAAGAGACGCUAUUGGGUUUGAGUACUGGGCCGACGGUGGCGCGUUUACCAACGGUCCUCGGGGGUUCCUGUUGGUGUUCCUCGCGGCCGGCUUGGCUUACGGCGGAACGGAAAUGCUUGGCCUUACUGUCGCCGAGUGCAAGCAUCCACAGAAGGUGAUGCCUCUGGCGGCUAAGAUCGUCGGCGGCCGUAUUCUUCUCUGCUACCUCCUCCCCCUGUUUAUGGUCGGUCUCAUCGUCAAGCCGUCAGUUUUCCUUGAGGAGCCCUUCAAGGGCAUGUCGACCGUCUCGCCCUUUGUCGUUGCCGUGCGCAAGGCCAACAUUAUCAUCCUGCCCGACGUUAUCAACGCCGUUAUUUUCAUCGCCGUUUUUAGCAUGGCUAAUGCUAGUAUCUACGCCUCGUCACGAGCGCUUCACGCCAUUUGUGCUCAGGGUAUGGGCCCCCGCCUCUUCGGCAAGACGACUGAGAAGACCAGGCUGCCGGCUUGGGCCCUCGGCGCUGUGGCUGUGGUCUGUAUGCUGGCUUUCAUCAACGCUGCACCUAAGGGUGAUGAUAUCUUCGAUUGGUUGCUUGCGCUGGGGUCGGCGAGUAACUAUUUCACCUGGAUGAGCAUAUGCUUCGCUCACUUGCGCAUGCGCUGGGCUAUGAAAAGACAAGGCAAGACCGAUGUGCUGAAGUGGAAGUCUCCCAUUGGGGCCUGGGGCAGUAUCAUCUCCAUCAUCAUCUCGUUCGUUGGUCUGGUCGCUCAACUCGUCUCUGCCAUUCUGCCCCGUGAAGAC